AUGCGAGCCGUUUCGAUUAAAAACGGGAAGGGGCCUGUGGAUGCUUUAUAUAUUGAUGACUCUGUUUCCGAGCCAGAGCUGAAGAAUGGUGAGGUUUUGAUCCGAGUAAAAGCGUUUGCUCUCAAUCGGAUGGAUCUGAUGCAAAGAGAAGGUAAAUAUCCAGUCCCGGCAGGAACAUCUUCCAUUCUGGGAGUUGACUAUUCGGGAACGGUUUUGAAAAUCCCUCCUGGAACAAAGACUCCUCUGCAGGAAGGCGAUGAUGUGUUUGGACUUGUUAAAGGGGGCGCGUACGCAGAAUUGCUCGCAGCCCCUGUUGAGACCAUAUUUUUGAAGCCCAAGGAAUUAUCACAUGAGGUGGCAGCAUCUAUUCCAGAAGUAUGGUUUACAGCAACGCAGGUACUUUUGGAGGUUGGGGAGUUCAAGAAUGGCGAAUCCCUUCUUUUCCACGCCGGGGCCAGUGCUGUAGGCAUCGCCGCUAUUCAACUCGCUCAAUUGCACAACGCAAAGUACGUUUUUGCUACGGUUGGAUCAGAUAGCAAAAAAGAGGCCGUCAAAAAGCUCCAGCUAAAGAACAGCCCGACAAAGAUUAUUCCGAUCAACUAUAAUUCUGAAGAGUUUGUGGAUGUAAUCAAGGAGAACUCUCCCGAGGGAGUCGAUGUGAUUAUUGAUCCGGUUGGAGGAAUUUACUUCACAAGAAAUGUAUCUAUUCUCAAGCUAGAUGGGCGAGAUGUUGUCAUGGGUAGUAUGACUGAUACGAAUGUUAAAUUCGAUCUUCUCGCCGUAAUGCUGAAACGUUUGCAAAUAAAGGGCACAACGCUGAGAUCUAGACCGCUAGCUUAUCAAGGAAAGAUUGCGGAUAUUGUCAAAGCUGAGAUUUUGCCAAAGAUAGUUUCUGGUGACCUGCUUCAUCCUAUUGAGAAGGUCUUCAAACUUGAAGAAAUCGUUGAGGCACAUAAGUUGAUGGAAAGUAAUAAGACAACCGGCAAGAUUGUGGUUACCAUUCCUUGA